CUGGAUGGGAAUGGAAUUUUCCACAGCACCAUCGGCGCCAAGGGCCAGGAGCAGGAGCUCGUCACCACCCAGGCCUGACUCACCACCUGCAAGCGAGCCAUCUUUGCCUUUACCUCAAGCAUACACUUUGAUGAGCUCCUUCAACUCGUUCUUGACAGUUGCGAUCCACAAUAUACUCUACUAUCGGGGCAUCUACCCGCAGCGCACCUUCAUGUCCGUCCGUGCCUUCAACCUUCCCGUGCAUCAGAACCGUCACCCUGCCGUGUGCGGUUGGGUUCAUGAUGCGGUUGAUGCCGCGAUAGCGCAGAUUGCUGAUGGCGCCGCCCAGCGAAUUGGCGUAGUCAUCCACGCCCCUCCCAUCAAACCUCUGCCUGCCAGCAGCGUGCCGGGCCAGAGACCUCCUGGAACCAUGGGGCCCCCUCCAAUCCCGGCGAAGAGAGCGAUCGCCAUAUCGACAGGCAAGGUCUCACGGCCGGCCACUCAGCCCUCGCCUGCCACGGCCAGGACGGUGCAGACCACCAUAGCAGCAACCAGCCCUGCGACCACCAAGAUGACCCCCGGGGCAGAUAACGACUCACCAAGGAUUGCCAAGGUUCCUCCGCCAAAGCCUGGCGCCGUGCUCGAGCGCUGGAUGUUUGACGUGUCCGAGUUCCCCGCCUGGCCUGGUGGGGCUGAGGCUCUGGCAAACUUUGGCGUCGACGAUCCCAAGAAAAAGCCCGACAAGAAGAAGGGGGAUGGAAAAGAAGGCGACCGGGAUGGCGGCGAUGGCGAAGAGGACGACGACGAUGAGGACUCCGAGUCAGGCGAAGAGGCAGCCGAGUUCACCGACAGCGAUGAAGAGCAAGAAAACGACGAAGAGGGCGACGACCAAGAGCAGCGGCUGGCUUCUGAUGAAGCAUCAGAGAUGGCAUCUAUGCCACCAGAAGACGAGAUAAACUGGGUUGACGUCAAUGAACACCUUCGUGGGGCUGUCAAGCGCCUAGCGAAUGCUGGCGAAAAGCUCGCACGUCUGCCCGAGGGUUGCACCUUUACCAUUGCUGUUGAGUUGCGAGAUAACGCCCGCCCACCACUCAAGCACCCCCAAGCCUGGAUCCCAACGCAAUCAAACUCACAGCCGCCAAUAAAGAAAAGGCUUAAGCAUGGCCAAGAGAUUGAUGCUGCAAGAACAACUGCCGUUCGCUCUGUCGAAGCCGGCCCUCUUUUCUUUGAGUGUUGGGUUGAAGAAAGCAAGGCCAAGUUGCUCGAAUCCACUCAAAACCUCACCAAGCCAAAGUCACCGAUAAGAGAGAGGAAUCCAUGA